AUGCGAAAGUUGGAAUGGGACGACAUGGGAGUGAAGGUUGGUGGUCGGCAGUUACACCAUUUGCGCUUUGCUGAUGACGUCGUACUGAUAACACCUAGCAUCAGACAAGCGGAACGAAUGCUGACCGAAGAAAUUGAAGAAGACAAAGUACACUUGACUCCAUGGUCACCUCUUCAACAUCACCGUACUUCCUGCUUUGACCUAUGCUUCGGAAACUUAGGCAUUUCGCAAGCUUAA